AUGGGUCUCAUAUACAACGUUUACCUGACCUCCAACAAGAUCUUUGGGUGUAAGCAAUGCAAAACCCACCUGGCCGACUACGACGACAUCAUCAGUCGAAAUUUCCGCGGCCAGCAUGGCAAGGCAUACCUCUUCAACAACGUCGUGAACGUCACCCAGACCGAGGCGGUGGAGCGGAGCAUGACCACCGGAAGACAUAUUGUUCGCGAUAUCGCCUGUCGACAGUGCAAGGAGACGGUCGGUUGGAAAUACGACAAGGCCUACGAGACGAGCGAGAAAUACAAGGAGGGGAAAUUCAUUCUAGAGGAGGAGCUCCUGUGCGUUGUGUGCUGA